UCCAUUGAGUUCCGACUGUGCUGGCUGUUGUGUUCGGGUUGACGACAACAACACACCGGGCCUGUGAUCAUGUAUCGACUGAUGUGUUGCGUGCUCCUCUGUUUUCUAGCCUACACCUCGCUCUCUUGUACUACCGCUAAAACUUUCUUCUCUAAUGGAGACGCCAGGAUUUUCGGGAAGGAAAAAUCUUCUCAAUCAGACGACAGGUCACUUAGACGGAUGACCAUACAAGAUGGCGGUAACCCUGAAGGUCAAAUGGAGUCGUUUCUCCAGCGCCAGCGUGGGGCGGGAAAACUGAACAAUCUUUACUGUGACUUUUGUGUUUUCUUGGUGACGGAGAUUCACCAGAUGGUCAAGCAGAAGACGGCCGUUGACGUCAUCGUGAAGGAGGCGAUCAAAGUGUGCAUCCUGUUUAAGAUAGAAGACGAGCAUGUCUGUAAGCUUGUGGUGCCGCAGUUUCAGGACGUGGCGCUGUAUAUCGUAGACAACCUGGUCCUGUCGCCUAAUGAGGCGUGUGGAAUUAUCAUAGGUGACACGUGCGGGGCUCCAUACUUUCCAGGCGAGAUGUGGAACAUUACCUUACCCAACACACCCAAGCCCCCACCUCAGCCACCCCUUCCCCCAAAAUCCCAGUCCCCGACCUUACGGUUCCUCCACCUGACGGACAUUCACCUGGACAUGAAGUAUGCCGUGGGGGCUGCCGUGCCGUGUGACGAGCCGCUGUGUUGUAGGGCGGACGAGAACUCUACACUCUCACACAACACAGACCAGAGCAUCUCACACGAACCAUCCCGGGCGGGGAAGUACGGGGACUACCAGAGUUGUGACCUGCCCAACACCACACUGGACGUGCUGUUUGACCACCUCAACUCCAUCCAGGACCAGUUCGAUUACGUGAUCGUGACGGGUGACAUCCCGGCCCACGACGUUUGGAGCCAGACACGGACGGAGCAGGUGGCCCACAUCGUGGCCCUGGACAAGCUCUUCACACAACACCUGCCCAGCACACCUGUCUACUACUGCGUGGGCAACCACGAGGGCUCGCCUGUCAAUAUAUUCCCACCCCCAGGUAUCCCAGGCCACGACUUUGACUGGAUGUACGGGGCUAUGGCGGAGGCCUGGGGGAAGUGGCUGCCCCAGUCGUCGAUAGACACAAUAUUAAGAUGUGGCGGCUAUUCCUUCUCACCGUAUCCCGGAUUUAGGAUCAUCUCCAUCAACAACAACUACUGCAACAAAGGCAAUUGGUGGCUGCUGCUGAACGCUACAGAUCCCUGUAAUGUCUUAGAGUGGCUAGUACAAGAGCUACAGAGUGCAGAGGUUAAAGGUGAAAAGGUGCACAUGCUGAUGCACCUGCCGCCUGGUGAUGGCGUCUGCCUGAAAGCCUGGAGCUGGAACUACUACACGAUUGUCAACAGGUACGAGAACACCAUCGUGAACCAAUUCUACGGCCACAGCCACCAGGACUGGUACCAGAUGUUCUACGACAACGUCACCUUCCAGCGGCCGUUAGGGUUCGGGUUUGUGGCCCCCAGCGUCACGACAUACUCCUACAACAACCCCAUCUACCGCAUCUACACCAUGGACGGGGACUACCCAGGCAGCUCAUACGCCGUCCUAGACUACAGCAACUUCUACCUCAACCUGACCGAGGCCAACUUGUACAACACGCCAACAUGGAGGUUCGAAUACUCGCCCAAGCAAGCCUACAACAUGACGGGCCUGUACGCCGCUGACUGGGACCAGCUGCUACAGAGGAUGGAGAAAGACGACACGUUGUUCCAGCUCUUCUACACUUACCACCGGAACUUGUAUCCAGGGACGCCGUGCCAUGGCAACUGUAAGACGGAUCUCUUGUGUGACAUCAUCGAAGGCAGAUCAUACGACCCGGACAUCUGCCCAAAACAUUUCCACAGAAACAAUUUGUGAUGCUCAGUCCACAAACUCUAGUUGUAACAGUCCCCUCUCUGAUCACAAACUACAGUAACAAAUUGUGGUAGACCCAUCACUUCUACACCUAAUUACAAAUUCUUGUUAAUAUUAAAACCAGUAAAUCAUUACUUCCAAAUUAACACUAGAGCAAUAUUGUAUGGACAAUUCUCCCUACAUUUAAGUCAGACAUAAAGUAAUCAAAAUACGAUCAAAAACAUCAAAAACAUUAUUUUUGUUGUUGCCGGGUCAUUUGGAAAGUGCAAUACAAGACAAUAAUGCUACCAUUAAUGCUGCAGUAUAAAUACUGUUAACAUUUAAAAAAAAAAAAAUAUUUAACAUGUAAACAUGGUUUUAUAGUGUGUGGAUAUGUAGUUUUUUUUUCUGUAUCUCUACGGCGUAG